UCUUUUUUGUUUCCCCCCAGCUGCCUACUACCGACCCUGACCCAGCUUUAUCUGCCAGAUUGCUUUAAGAAACCGGUAAAUUCCACAAAGUCUCCUAGCACCCAGUGUGGCUUACAGCUCAAUUACGUAAAUCCGCAUUGUCCUAUCCCUGAUGCAAGAACGGUGCCUAAAGUUCUAAUUGGCUGUGAAUGUUUAGAGCCUAUGUUAGCCACCCACUCUUAAGAGCCGCUGGUACUGAAGACCUCCCUGGAACGCUGAAAGGCAGAGGACUGUGCUGUAAACAAGAGUCGGCUGAGAGCUAAGAGGCUCAAAGACUGAGGAAAAUGAAGUUUUCCUGCCUCUCCUUCCGGCAGCCCUAUGCUGGUUUCAUCUUAAAUGGUGUCAAGACUCUUGAGACUCGUUGGCGUCCCCUGUUGAGGAGCCAUCAGAAAUGUACCAUCGCCAUCCACAUUGCUCACCGGGACUGGGAAGAUGAUGCCUGGCAGGAGGUGCUGGUAGAGAGGUUGGGAAUGACCCUGGCACAGAUUCAGACCUUACUACAGGAAGGAGAAAAAUAUGGCAGAGGCGUGAUAGCUGGACUUGUUGACAUUGGAGAGACUUUGCAGUGUCCAGAAACCUUAGCUGCCGAUGAGGUUUUAGAACUGGAAACUCAAGCUGUGCUAACCAACCUGCGGCAGAAGUACUUGACUCCAAUGUCAAAUCCCAGAUGGUUACUAGAGCCAAUACCUAGAAAAGGGGGGAAGGAUGUAUUCCAGGUAGAUAUCCCAGAGCACCUGAUCCCUCUGGGGAAGGAGUGGAGCAGUGAAUGCACUAGAGAACAGUGUCAAGAAAACAAGUAAGCAAUGUCCCUGCCAUUAGUCCAUCAUAGUAUAAACCUCUAAAUAUCACAGUGACUCUAAGCCACUGCUGCCAUGCUAUGCUGUUCCCAGACUCAGACUGCUAUGUUCUCAAUGAAAGGGAUAGCAGUGAGGACUUCCCAUCUACUGUGGCUAUAUCACUGAGAUGCAAAGCCUAAAGAAACUUGGCCUUUAUAAAAAAGGAAAACUGCCAGGAAAUGACUUCUUGCUGAAGUUCACAUUAGUCCUACGGUUUUCUGUAUUGCACAAAUAAAUGUAUUAAUAAGAA